GCCAGUUUAUUCCCACAUAGAAGCUCUGUGAACUGGGAUAGGUUAUUUUUAUUUUUGAUAGAGUUUCUGUGUAACUCAGGCUGACCUGGACUUGCUGCUAGCUAGAAAAUUCUUCCUGACUCAGUGUCCCAGUCACUCAAGUCAGGUUGCACCAUCCCACUCACUUUUUCUUAGAUUGUUUUUGCGACUGAAAAAAAAUUGUUGCAUUAGCAUAGUAGCAUUAUUGUGUUUAUCUUUCCCACUUGAAUUCUAUGAGUUUGAGUAUAGUUUGACUCAACACUUCAAGUAACUUGUUCAUGUACCUUUGGCAAAGUAGAACUUUGAAGUUAUUAAUGUAUUUUCUUCUUUUUGAAAUAUAAGAGUAAUAAUGAUUUAACUUACUUUAUUUGCUUAAUUGGUGAGGAGUAAGGAAGUAUGGUUAAAUGAGUGUCUUUAGCUGUACAAGAAGUAUUACUGUAGUACAAAAUGAAUGAAGCAAUCAGAUGCUUACAGUUUAAUAUCCAGCCCUUAGAGCAGAAAUAUCAACUAAUUAAAGGAUUGUUGUAUAGAUUACUGAAAUAUGAAUGACAUUGCUACUGAUGUGACUUUUUGUUAGGAAAUGUUAGAUGUUGGUAAAAUUUUGAACAGAAAGUAAAUACAGAGUUCUUUGGACAUAAGUCUUGUAGUUCUGGGCAUGCAAAUUUUGUCCUAACAAAUCAAGGAACAAAAGACUUGAUUAUGUGUAAUGUGGACUUAGAUUCUAUGUUAGGAUAAUUAUAAGUCAUUUUUUAAAAACCCUACUUGAAUGUCUAGCUGAAAAUUUGAAAGUCUAGACAGUAUUUUGUUAUAUAGCAUUUAUUGGCACAUAGCAAGGUAUCCAGCAAAUCUAGACCCUUCAAUAGUCAUUUUAAAUGUUUCCAUAUUUAAACCCUCCAAUUCUAAAAAAUGUCCUCAAACUCUUGUUGAGAAUUACUGGUCUUACAUAUGUGAAAGGUGAGGUAGGAAAUAAAGUACUAUACUAAGUAUGAAAUGUUUGUAUGACUCACUUAUAAUUGUGCAUUGCUUUGUUCUUAUUUUUCCUAGUAAAAUGAAUGAAAAUAAACCUAGAGACUCACAGAACCUAGCUUGUGUUUUCUGUCGAAAAACUGAUGACUGUCCUUAUAAAUAUGGAGAAAAGAAAACUAAUGAGAAAUGGAAUCUCACUGUACAUUACUAUUGUUUGUUAAUGUCAAGUGGAAUUUGGCAGAGAGGUAAAGAAGAAGAAGGACUUUAUGGUUUUCUAAUAGAAGACAUCAAAAAGGAAGUGCAUAGAGCUUCUAAACUGAAAUGCAGUAUUUGCAAGAAAAGUGGCGCUUCAAUUGGAUGUGUGGCACCUCGAUGUAAACGAAGUUACCAUUUACCAUGUGGACUUGAGAGGGAAUGUAUUUUCCAAUUUACUGGCAAUUUUGCGUCAUUUUGCUGGAAUCAUCGACCUGUUCAGAUAACUACAUCUAAUAAUUAUAGAGACUCCUUACCAUGCACUAUCUGCUUGGAAUAUAUUGAGCCUAUACCUACCUAUAGUGUAUUGCAAAGUCCUUGUUGUAAGAAUGCAUGGUUUCAUAGAGACUGUUUACAGGUCCAAGCAAUAAAUGCUGGAAUAUUUUUCUUUAGGUGUACAAUAUGUAAUAAUAGUGAGAUCUUUCAGAAAGAGAUGUUGAAAAUGGGAAUUCAUAUUCCUGAAAAAGAUGCUUCCUGGGAAUUAGAGGAAAAUGCUUAUCAAGAUCUUCUUCAGCAUCAUGAGCGUUGUGAUGUUCGAAGAUGUCGUUGCAAAGAAGGACGAGAGUAUAAUGAACCUGAUAGCAAAUGGGAAAUAAAACGCUGUCAGUGUUGUGGUUCUAGUGGAACACAUUUAGCCUGUUCCUCACUACGAUCAUGGGAACAAAAUUGGGAAUGUUUGGAAUGUAGAAGUAUUAUCUACAAUUCAGGUUUCCAAAAGGCCAAAAAACACGCAGCACCCAAAUCUAAUAAAGUGGCAAUUACUGACUGUUUGUUAGAAGAGUCAUCACCUAAGCUACAAAAGCUGUCACCUGGACUUCAGCAUAAAGAUCUACUGCGGCAAGGAAGCAAGUUUAGAAGGGAUAUUUCAACAAUAUUGAUAGAGUUAGGAUUUCAAAUUAAAAAAAAAACUGAAAGAUUAUAUAUCAACAAAGCCAAUAUCUGGAAUAGUGCCAUAGAUGAACUCAAAAACUUUAAUCCUUCGUACACAAUUGAAGUAUCCUAUGUCAAUGAAAAUGAUGAUUUUGGAAAAGAAUGCCUUGGAUCAAAGCAAGAAUUUCUGAGUCUUUUAAUGCAUCACCUGGCAAACUCAUCAUUGUUUGAAGGGUCUUUGUCAAAGAACUUGUCUCUAAAUUCUCAAGCUUUGGAAGAGAAUCUUUACUAUGAAGCUGGCAAAAUGCUUGCCAUUUCAUUAGUUCAUGGUGGUCCUUCCCCUGGUUUCUUUUCUAAGACCUUAUUUAAUUGCCUUGUUUAUGGACCCGAAAAUACCGAACCAGUUUUGGAAGAUGUUUCAGACUUUGAUGUGGCACAAAUUAUAAUCAGGAUAAAUACUGCAGCAGAUAUAACUGACUUAAACUCGGUAAUAAAUGAAUGCUAUAACUAUCUAGAUGUUAUUGGAUGUCUAAGACAUGUAACAACAUUAAAUGAUAAAUAUAUGUUGGCAAAAGACGUACUUGUCUACCAAGUAAUUAAGAGAGUCCAAAUACCCUUUGAAAGUUUUAAGCAGGGUCUGAAAACUCUUGGUGUUUUGGAAAAAAUUCAGACUUACCCAGAAGCAUUUUAUGACGUCCUUUGUCAUAAACCUGAGACACUUUCUGCAAAAGUCCUUAGUGAUCUUUUUGAAACGAACACAUUGCCUGAUGUACAAGCUUCGGGAUACUGGAAGAAUUAUUUACAGAAUAUUGAGAAAGGUAAAUCUGCAACAACAAUGGAAGACAUUCUUAUUUUUGCAACUGGUUGCAAUUCUAUUCCACCUGCUGGAUUCAAACCCACUCCUUCAAUUGAGUAUCUACAUACUGAUUUUCCUGUUGGAAACAAGUGUAAUAACUGUUUGGGUCUUCCAAUCACCAAAACAUAUAAAGAGUUUGAAGAAAAUAUGGACUUCACCAUAAGAAACAAUAUAAAACUAGAAAAGGAAGAAUAUUCUCACUACAUUGAACCUUAGAAUGCUUCUUGGAACAAAGAGAGGCUUCUUUAAAAGCUGCUAUUAUUUUUUGUUUCCAUUAAUUAGCCUAUUGAACAAAUUCAUCAGUGCCUCUGGCCCAAUAAAAUUUAUGAUAUGAACAUUAAAAAUGUUUUGGCCAUUUAAACCAAUAGUUAAGUCAUUCUUCUCAGAAUUCGUGGUAUUUUUCUAUUGAUCCACAUACUAUAUGGAUAUCUAUAUAUAUGUACUUUAAAAAUAGUGUACAGACUUUAUUUAGGUAUAGUAGCAUGGUAUAUACUCACUAUUUUUUUAAUUAGGAUUACAUAAUUGAUGCCAAGAUUGUUCUUGUUUUAUGCAGGUUUCAAAUUAUUUCUUAUUUUAAAGCAUUAAAUAGAAAAUCUAGUUGGCUAAACCUUGUCAUAGAUCAGUGGCAUAUUUUCUGGAGUAUACAUUACAUGUAUACUUUUCUAGGAUGCGCUAGAUUAAUUGCA